UUCCCUCAGCGCCUGCGCGGGGGGCCCACAGAGGAGCUGGCGAACCGUGGAGUGACCAGGGCGCAUGCGUAACGCGGUUUGACGGAGAGCGGAGUAAAAAUCCGCGAGAAGGCGGCGGGAUAAGAUGGCGGUGCUGAGGCAGAGUUUGGAAUCUUUCUGACUUGGCUUGUCGAGAAACUAUUCGGACCAUGGCGUCAAACUCAACUAAAUCUUUCCUGGCAGAUACUGGGUAUGGCGAACAGGAACUGGAUGCUAAUUCUGCUCUUAUGGAAUUGGACAAAGGUCUGAGAUCUGGCAAGCUUGGGGAACAGUGUGAAGCAGUGGUUCGCUUUCCUAGGCUUUUCCAGAAGUACCCGUUCCCCAUUCUCAUCAAUUCUGCAUUCCUCAAGUUAGCUGAUGUCUUCAGAGUUGGAAACAAUUUCCUGAGGCUAUGUGUACUUAAAGUUACCCAACAAAGCGAGAAGCAUUUGGAGAAGAUUCUGAAUGUGGAUGAGUUUGUGAAAAGGAUUUUCUCGGUGAUUCACAGUAAUGACCCUGUGGCAAGAGCCAUCACUCUCCGGAUGUUGGGAAGUCUGGCGUCCAUAAUUCCCGAGCGGAAGAACGCUCAUCACAGCAUCCGGCAGAGUCUGGACUCACACGAUAACGUGGAGGUGGAAGCCGCUGUCUUCGCUGCUGCCAACUUCUCCGCACAGUCCAAGGAUUUUGCUGUAGGAAUAUGUAACAAAAUCAGUGAAAUGAUUCAAGGCUUGGCCACCCCGGUGGAUUUGAAGCUGAAGUUGAUCCCCAUCCUGCAGCACAUGCACCAUGACGCCAUCCUCGCUUCCAGCGCACGGCAGCUCCUGCAGCAGCUGGUCACAGCCUACCCUUCCACCAAGAUGGUGAUCGUUUCUUUGCACACUUUCACUCUGCUUGCAGCCUCAUCUCUGGUUGACACACCCAAGCAGAUUCAGCUCCUGUUGCAGUAUUUGAAGAAUGAUCCCAGGAAAGCCGUCAAGAGACUUGCUAUUCAAGAUCUGAAAUUACUUGCCAGUAAAACACCGCACACUUGGAGUAGGGAGAAUAUUCAGGCACUCUGUGAAUGUGCACUCCAAACGCCUUAUGACAGCUUAAAACUAGGGAUACUGUCUGUCCUCUCCACGUUAUCAGGGACCAUCGCCAUCAAGCAUUACUUCAGCAUAGCAUCAGGAAAUGUAGGUUCUUCUCCCAGAUCCUCUGAUUUAGUCAAAUUAGCUCAGGAGUGCUGUUACCAUAAUAACAGAGGCAUUGCGGCUCAUGGAGUAAGAGUUCUAACUAACAUAACUGUCUCUUGUCAAGAAAAAGAUCUCUUGGCACUGGAGCAAGAUGCUGUCUAUGGCCUGGAAUCCCUGCUGGUGCUGUGUAGUCAAGAUGAUAGUCCAGGUGCUCAAGCCACUUUAAAGAUUGCUCUCAACUGCAUGGUGAAGCUGGCCAGGGGCAGGCCCCACCUUAGCCAGUCGGUGGUGGAGACCUUGCUCACUCAGCUGCAUAGUGCCCAGGAUGCCGCUCGGGUCCCGAUGUGCCACUGCCUGGCGGCCAUUGCCAUGCAGCUGCCGGUACUGGGUGAUGGGAUGCUUGGUGACCUCGUGGAGCUCUACAAGGUGAUCGGACGCUCAGCCACGGACAAGCAACAGGAACUUCUGGUGAGUUUGGCUACGGUGAUUUUCGUGGCCAGCCAGAAAGCGCUGACUGCUGAAGUCAAGGCCGUGAUUAAGCAGCAGCUUGAAAGUGUCUCCAAUGGGUGGACCGUGUACCGCAUUGCCAGGCAGGCCUCCAGGAUGGGUAAUCAUGACAUGGCCAGAGAGCUGUACCAGAGCUUGCUGGCUCAGGUGGCCUCAGAGCACUUCUACUUCUGGCUGAACAGUUUGAAGGAGUUCUCACACGCGGAGCAGUGCCUCACCGGGCUGCAGGAGGAGGAGUACAGUUCGGCACUGUCCUGCAUUGCUGAGUCUUUAAAAUACUACCACAAAGGGAUUGCUUCCUUGACAGCUGCUAGUACCCCACUGAAUCCUCUCAGUUUUCAGUGUGAGUUUGUGAAACUCAGGAUUGACCUUCUGCAAGCCUUCUCGCAACUCAUCUGUACAUGUAAUAGCCUAAAGACAAGCCCUCCCCCUGCAAUCGCCACUACGAUUGCCAUGACCUUAGGAAAUGACCUUCAGAGAUGUGGUCGCAUCUCCAAUCAGAUGAAGCAGUCCAUGGAAGAAUUCAGAGCCCUUGCUUCCCGAUACGGAGAUCUGUAUCAGGCAUCUUUUGACGCUGACUCGGCCACGUUGAGGAAUGUAGAACUACAGCAGCAGAGCUGCUUACUUAUAUCUCACACGAUAGAAGCCCUGAUUUUGGAUCCAGAAUCAGCAAGUUUUCAGGAGUACGGAUCUACGGGAGCAGCCCAUGCUGACAGCGAGUACGAGCGGAGGAUGACGGCCGUGUACACGCAUGUCUUGGAGGAGGUGGAGUCGCUCAACCGGAAGUACACCCCUGUCUCGUACAUGCACACAGCUUGCCUCUGCAAUGCCAUCAUCGCUUUGUUGAAAGUUCCCCUGUCGUUCCAGAGAUAUUUCUUCCAGAAACUGCAGUCGACCAGCAUCAAGCUGGCUCUGUCGCCGUCCCCCCGGAACCCUGCAGAGCCCAUUGCUGUCCAGAGUAACCAGCAGCUGGCACUGAAGGUGGAAGGAGUGGUUCAGCAUGGAUCAAAACCAGGACUCUUCCGCAAAAUUCAGUCUGUCUGCCUGAAUGUUUCUUCCACGCUGCAGAGUAAAUCUGGACAAGACUACAAGAUACCCCUGGACAAUAUGACCAAUGAGAUGGAGCAGAGGGUUGAGCCGCAUAACGACUACUUCAGCACCCAGUUUCUGUUGAACUUUGCCAUCCUUGGGACACACAACAUCACAGUGGAGUCCUCCGUGAAGGACGCCAAUGGCAUCGUGUGGAAGACUGGCCCCAGAACCACCAUAUUUGUGAAAUCCCUGGAAGACCCGUAUUCGCAGCAGAUACGCCUGCAGCAGCAGCAGGCCCAGCAGCCACUGCAGCAGCAGCAGCAGCGAAACAUCUACCCCCGCUUCUAACCCUGCAGCCAGGGCCCCAUGGACUCGCGACACCCGUCAGAGGCGGAGACAGUUUGCUUUCUUGUGUGGAUGACGAAGGUUACUUUGAUUUCCAUAAUGUAACAUUUGGUAAAAUGGUGGGGUUAUUUCCCCCCUUAAAAAUAUUAGGUUAAGGGCCGGCAAUUUAGUUUAGUGGCUCAAGCGCUUGCCUGCUAAGCACAAGGUCAUGAGUUCAAUCCCCAAUACAAAAAAAAGGUUAGGUUAACUAAUAAUUUCUUAGCCAAAAAGAUUUUUUUUCCUUCUUCCUUCACCAAGUCCUUUGUCUCAUGUUUGAUGGUUUUGUUGAUUUACUUUUUUGUUGCUGAGUUUUUUCUUCCUUCAAGAAUAGUCGUCCAGGCUGGGGAUUUAGCUCAGCAGUGUAAGCACUUGCCUGGCAAGCACUAGGUCAUGAGUCUGAUUGCCGGUACCAAAAAAAGAAUAGUCGUUUACUGGGGUCACAGAGUUAGUAAGUUUGACUGCUUCUCUGCUGGAACCCGUGGUGUGCUGUCCCACCCCGGCAGGAAUCGGAGCUGUCAUGGGGAACCUCUUCCGGAUCAGUGCGGCUCCAUCUGGAACCGCAGAAGCCGGGCCCUGAAAGAUGGCCUGGAAGUGUCUCUGCCACAUCCCGCCCCUGCAUCCCUGGGUCUGCAGCCCCUCAGGAUUGCAGCAUCCUGUGCUAUUGCAGCAUCCUGUGCUAUUACGGAUUUGGUAUUUAAUUCACCCAAAGAGCAGCUAGCAGUCAACAGAGAAAAACUGGAGGUGAAUGAUCUGUAGUUUUUCCCAGUGUGUGUGUGACUAUUACAGAGCCGCUUUGCAUUGUUUCUGAAAGUGAAAAGGUCACCUUCUGUUCUCAGUGAAAGGGGCAAGUCUUUCCCUUUGACUUCUUUGGUUUCUCCUGGACGAAUUAUGUGGCUCUGGGCUUGCUGUCUGCAAGAGCAUUUUCCUUACAACAGUGUGAGCUGGUUGUGGCACUCAGGGGACAAUUUCCGGUUAGCCAGGAAACCCCUUCUCUUUCUUUUUCAGUACUAGUUGUGGUUUAUUUGUUUGUUUUGUUUGUGGUCCUGACGCAGACCACUAAGUGUAACUUGGCGCUUUCUUCCUCAGAGAUCGCCUGGUGCUUUGGGACCAAGUGUCCUCAACACUGGGGCUACUCGUCCGCUGCAGGUACUGAGGACACGCAGCUGGGCACAUGCCCUGGAAUUGUCCUGUUUGAAUAAUCUCAGCUUCUUUGUGUUUUAUGUUUUUCUCUUCAGAGUUACUUUAAUUCCACAGAGGGUUCAUGUUUUGUGCUUUUUUUAAGGUUUUAACUGUUGGCAUGGGGUCACUGGGGAUGAGACGCGAUUGGCAGCUCCGGUCCUGCCUGAUGGCUUGGCUUUGUGAGGUGUUGUCCCAGCAUAGCCACACUGUGCCCACAGCCAGUCAGUGUCACAGCUGUGUGUCAGCAGUGACGUCCUCGGAGAUGCUGUGCAGGUGUCCGCGGUGUGCAGGGUGCACCACUCUGUCAGCAUCUGGAAACAUACGCCUCGGGGGAAAUCGCCAGAGCUGUUGGAGGACAAUGCAGAGCCUCGUGGCUUCUGCCUGGCAUGGAAAGAGCUGAAUCAGGAAGCGUGGGCUGCACUCUGGCUGUGACUCAUGAGCUCUAUGAUCUAGAACAAGUCACCUUCUGUAGACCUUAGUUCUCUGGAAAGUGACUGAAUUAAGUUAGGUUUCUUCAGUCUAGAGUUCCAUUGUCAGAUGACUAAAAGACCUAAGACGCAGUACUGAGUGGAAUCGCGUGGCUUGGUUUGCUUUGCUUUGCUUUGGAGCUGGGGCUUGACCCCAGGGCCUCAUGCAUGCUGAGCAUACAGUCUGCCACUCAGCUGCCCUAUAACCUCAGUCCCAGAAAAUCUUUUUGUACUUACUUUUUAACUAUGUAAUGCUACAAAUAUGAAUUUUGAGUUUCUGGUACUGUUUUAAGGUAGAAUUGUCCAAAAGAAAGACAAGUUAGUAAGCUACCAAUUUGGAAAGAUUCCUUGGACAACUUCCCAAAUUUUGUGUUCUUAAAAAAUAGGCUUGUGAGCAAGGCAUCGUGGUACACACCUGUAAUCCCAGCAUUCAGGAGGCUGAGGCAGGAGAAUCGCUGUGAGUUUAAAGCCAGUCUAAACUACAUAGUGAAAACCUGUCUCAAAACGAAGGGGCAGGGGGAAGGGGCUUGGUAAUUAAAAUUAUGAAUUCUUUGACAUGUGAUGUGGAACCCUUGGUACAAACUUGGAAUUAGUAAAAUAAAGACAAACCCCAAGUAGCUCAGAGUGUGUAAAUAAUUAUGAAGAAAAAGGUAACUUUUAUUUUCGUGUGCCAUUAGACCCAGGAUUGGAAUUCAGAUUUUAUGUACAUACACAAUCUACUGCAUUUUUUUGGUAUUUGGUAUCAACUAUUAAAUAGUGGUUGUGGUGCAGAA